UCGCGUUCUGCGUGCGCAGCUGCGGGGGGUGGGUCUUGAGCCCAGGUCCUGAGUGUAGGGAGAGGUGAGCUGUGCUGUUUGCAACAUGUUUCGUGCUGUUGACUCUGCGGAUGAGGAAGAGGAGCAGGCGGAAGAGGAUUGUCCUGAAUUGGUCCCCAUUGAGGCGAAGCAAAGAGAGGUGAAGGAGGAGAAGGAAAAGUCUGGCCCCGGCGCUAAGAUCCCAGUCACAAUUAUCACCGGGUAUUUAGGUGCUGGGAAGACAACACUUCUUAACUAUAUUUUGACGGAGCAACAUAGUAAAAGAAUAGCAGUGAUUUUAAAUGAAUUUGGGGAAGGAAGUGCAGUGGAGAAAUCCUUAGCUGUCAGCCAAGGUGGAGAACUCUAUGAAGAAUGGCUGGAACUUAGAAACGGUUGCCUCUGCUGUUCUGUAAAGGACAGUGGCCUUAGAGCUAUUGAGAAUUUGAUGAAGAAGAAAGGGAAAUUUGAUUACAUACUGUUAGAGACCACUGGAUUAGCAGAUCCUGGUGCUGUAGCUUCUAUGUUUUGGGUUGAUGCUGAAUUGGGGGUUGAUAUUUAUCUUGAUGGUAUCAUAACUGUUGUGGAUUCAAAAUAUGGAUUAAAACAUUUAGCAGAAGAAAAACCUGAUGGACUUAUCAAUGAAGCUUCUAGGCAAGUUGCUUUGGCAGAUAUCAUCAUCCUCAAUAAAACAGACUUGGUUUCAGAAGAGGAUUUAAACAAGUUAAGAACAACUAUUAGAUCAAUAAAUGGACUGGGAAAAAUUUUAGAAACACAGAGAUCAAGAGUUGACCUUGCAAAAGUAUUAGAUCUUCAUGCCUUUGACAGUCUCUCUGGAAUAAGUUUGCAGAGAAAACUUCAACAUGUGCCAACAACACAACCUCAUCUUGAUCAGAGUAUUAUUACAGUCACAUUUGAAGUACCAGGAAAUGCAGAGGAAGAAAGUCUAAAUGUGUAUAUUCAGAAUCUUCUGUGGGAAAAGAACGUGAGGAACAGGGAUGACGACUGCAUGGAGGUCAUACGACUGAAGGGGCUAGUGUCAAUCAAAGACAAACCGCAACAAGUGAUUGUCCAGGGUGUCCAUGAACUAUAUGAUCUGGAGGAGACACCAGUGAACUGGGAAGAUGACAGUGAGAGAACAAAUCGAUUGGUCCUUAUUGGCAGGAAUUUAGAUAAGGAUAUUCUUAAACAACUAUUUAUAGCUACUGUGACUGAAACAGAAAAGCGAUGGACAACACAUUUCCAAGAGGAUCAAGUCUGUCCAUAACACUAGAAGCAUCACCAAAAGGACUGGAUAAUAAAAACAGAUGAUUCGCAGACUUAUCUUUGGAGUUUACAUAUGCUGAAAUUCUUACCCAUGAAAAUUUUAAUAAUAAUGGUGGUAUCAUGUUGAUAUAUGCCGGAAACCAACACAAUACUGUAAAGCAAUUAUCCUCCAAUUAAAAAUAAUUUUUUUAAAAUGGUAAAACUUAGUCUUAUUUCAGCAUAAUUGUUUUCCCUUAGAACUUCACCUGAUUGCUUGGAUGUAAUUUUAUUGUUAAAAGGAAAUUUUUUAAAAAAUAGAUAAUGUCACUAUUUUUAUUAAGGGAAAUAAGAACUUUAUUGUGGUAGAUACUUGUAAGAAAUUACUCGUAAUUUCUGAGUCAAAGAAAUUAUUUGAGACUCUCUUAUUCUUAGAGUCAGAUUCUAAGCCUUACUAGUAGUCAGUGUAAUGGAACUUCAGCCACUCACUUUGCAAUAUAUUUCAAAGAUUUCAAUUAUAGAACUUUUAAUUUUAGAGUUGAUUUUACUGCUGGUAUUAAAUCCAUCUUGGGUUUUUUGAACUUCUUUAUUUUUCAGUGUAAACUAAAAAGUGACAGGGUACUUUAAAUGUAAUUACAGAGAACUUUUGAUAAUUUAACAAUCUUUAUAUAAAUAGUAGGUGUGUAAGUAAGUAUAUAUUGGAUUACUUUUCUCCUAUUCCUUCCGAAGGCCAGGUCAGCAUAACUAUAUUCAGAUAGGAAGAGAAAAGCAUGAGAUGAGAUUUAAAGAAGAGUAAUGGUUGUUAAAUAUCAGAAGACUGUAAAAAUGACUGAGCAUGUGCGUGCCCUGUUUCAGAACUUUCUGAUAAUCUUAGUGUCACAAAGAUCUUUCCUAUGUUUUCUUUUAAGAACUUAAUAAUUUUAGCUCCACGUUAAGUAUCACAAUCCAUCUCAAGUUAAUUGUUCUAUUGUUAUGUCUUGAAAAAACUUUUCCCCUUUGAAUAAGCUUUUUGCACCUUUGCUAAAAAUCACUUGUGUGUGUGUGUGUGUUUCUGUGGACAUUAUUUUGAUUCAGUGUCUUUUUUUUCCCCAUUGCACCAAAGGGAUGUAGAAUUUAUUUAAGUUAAAUACUUGAGUUCAAACAUGUUAUGAAUUAACAAAUUUAUUGAGAGGAGGAACAAAGAGAAACCUAUUAGGAAACAUUCAAAGGAGAAAGAAGAUGAAACUGGGUUAUUCCAUAACCAUUACCGUAUAUGACAUGAAGGUUUGGGAAAAGUACAAUGAAGUUCUCAAAAUGUAAAGCAAUUAUCUUCCCAUUAAA